CGGAGAAUGUUAUUCCUGUGUCCAUCCUGUUCUGACAACCACCAACGCCAACACCAACGCCACCACCACUAAAGCAGCACCGAUAAAAGAGGCACCAGAUACCAGUACAGUCACGCGGCACAGCAGAACACCAGCACAAUGACUGGCUUCAGGCUGCUGUCUUUAGUGGGAAUCCUGGCCGUGGUGGCGGCGACGAACAUCAAGCCAGCAAAUACCAAGUGCCACAGUCCCUUCACGGAGAUUAGUGGUCGCUGCGUGCAUAUUGAUGUCUCCAAAACCGGCACGUGGCAAAAUAUGCGGAAGUUUUGUCAGCAACUUGGCGGUGACCUGGUCAAUCUUUCUGAUCUGCAAUUCUACGGUGACAUCCUUUUGUACAUUGAAAGCUUACAUUUGCCACACGCUAGUUUUUGGAUCGGUGCUACGGACGAAGCGACGGAGGACGUCUGGAUGUGGACAGAUGGGACGCCAGUCAGGAUGGGCACUCCUUUUUGGGCUAACUAUGGCGAUAAUAAUUAUCAAAUGCCUACUGGAGGAGAGAAACAGAACUGUGUUAUGCUUGAUGUAAACUUUCAUUACUAUUUCAAUGAUUUUAUUUGUUCAAACACAGAUGUAAGUCCGAUUUGUGAGAAGUAACGAGGAAAUAUAAUGAAGAAUAUUUAGAUCACAGUCAACAUAUUGUGUGAUGUUCAAAGGGAAGUAUAUAAUGCACAGACCUGUAUGAAUGUUAUCAGUGUAUUGAUGUGUAAUGUGCUAACCAGCUUACUUUGGAUUCUACUUUUGUUCAAUAAGGUGUAAUACUUUGUAUUAAAGGCAUCGUAAGGAAUAAAAUGGAUAAGAUUUCCA